AUGAUUAAUAGAGCUUUACAAACACAAGAUAUUAAAGUUAUUGUUAAAAUGAGACUUUUUAUACAAGAUUUUCAUCGACAAUUAGAACAAAUAAAAAUAAAUGAUAAAAUAUCGACAAUUUCAUAUCGAAGUCAAAAUUUAUCAAAUGAUGAUUUUCAAAAAAAAAUGAAAACAAGUCAAGAUAAUCUUCUAUCAUUUAAUAAUUUCAUGUUAGCAGAUACAAAUUAUGAAACAGCAUUGGAUGGUGCUCGUCAUGAACGUAUUAAUAAUAAUGCUGUUGGAAUUUUAUUUCGUAUAGAAGUUGAAUCUACUCAAGCAUCAAUUCCUUUUGUUUCAUUAACAAAUUUAAGUUAUCUUGCUGAACAAGGCAAAUAUGUUCUCUUUUCAAUGCAUUCUGUUUUUCGUAUUCUUGAAGUGAAACAAAUAGAAGAUCAUUUAUGGCAAGUUAAUUUAAAAUUAACUGAAAUUAAUGAUAAACAGAUGGCAUGCCUUGACAAACUAAUUCGAGAAGAAACUCAAGAUGUAGCUGGAUGGUAUAAAUUAUCUAAGAUAAUAAUCAUUCUAUGUGAUUUUGAUCACGCUAAAGAAAUUUAUUUUAUUCUUCUUAAUUUAUUAUUGGAAAAUGUUUCAUCAAAAAUAUCUCAUAUAUAUAAUGAAUUAGGACUUAUUUGUGAUGAAAUGAGUGAUUAUGCAUCAGUGCUUUCAUUUUAUAAAAAAGCAAUUGAAAUUCGACAUAAAUCUUUACCUCCUAAUCAUCAUUUUCUUAGUACUACUUAUAAUAAUAUUGGUGAACUUCAAAUGGAAAUAGACAAUUUUCCAGUUGCAUUAAAAUAUUUUGAAAAAGUUCUUCAAAUUCGAUUAAAAACUUGUUCGCCAUAUAAUUCAUCAUUAGCUAUUACAUAUAAUAAUAUUGGUCUUAUUCAUCGAGAAAUGGGAGAUUACUCUCAAGCUAUAUCAUUUUUUCAAAAAUCACUUGGAACAAAACAAAAAACAUUUACAUCAUAUCAUUCAUCCUUAGCUAUUACUUAUAAUAAUAUCGGUGAAAUCAAUCAAUUAAUGGGAGAAUUUUCUCAAGCACUUAUGUCCUAUCAAAAACCAUUAGAAAUUCAAGAAAAAACUUUUUCACUUAAUCAUUCUGAACUUGCUACUACAUACGAUAAUAUUGGUAUUACUCAUCAAUCAAUAGAAAAUUAUUCAAUUGCAUUGUCAUUCUAUCAAAAAGCAUUAAAAACUCGACAAAAAUCACUUUCUGCUAGUCAUCCAUCAGUUUCUACUUCCUAUAAUAACAUUGAACAUCUUUAUCAAUCAAUGGGAGAUUAUAACAUAACACUUGAAUACUAUCAAAAAACACAAAACUUCAAGAGAAAUCUUUAG